UGGCUCAUAUCCGAAGAAAAAAAGUUGAAAAAAUGCCCCCAAAAUUACAUCACUGCCAUUCUACCAGCUGACUCUCUCUUCCUCUUCCCUUUGGCCGGCCAUUUGCCUUUCUCAUUGUUAGAUCUAUUCAAUUCCGUUCCUUUUUAGCUAAAUUAGGGUUUCAAUUGAAAGUCUGAGAUGUCAAUGUAGUCCAAAAUUUAAAUUUUUUGGGAUUUUUUGAAAUUGAAUCCAAAAUGCAGAGCGCAAUUGUGCAGCAAGAAGCUAUAUUGGAAUGGCUGCAAAAGGAAAUGGGUUACCGCCCUUUAGGACCGUACAAUUCUUCCAGCAAGUCGAACUUACCAUCAAUCGAUUCGCUUAGUAAGAUUUGUCGAGGAAACAUGUUACCCAUUUGGCAUUUUUUGCUAACCCGAGUCAAAUCCGAGAAAACCGUCCAAAAUAUCCGGAAAAACAUUACCGUUCAUGGCGGCACCUCCACCAGCGGGGGCGGAGGAGAAGCUAGAGGGGGAAAUAGUGAGAGUGGUGGAAACUCGGGGAAAGAGGAGGGGAAGAGUAAAGGAGGGUGGAGGAGGAAAAAGAAGGUUGUCGGUGAGGGUGGAAGGGAGGGUUCGGGAGCCGCUGAGAUUAGGGAAGCAGCGAUAAGGGAACGGGAAGCGGCAGCGAAGGAAGUGGAGAGGUUGAGGAAUAUUGUAAGGAGACAAAGGAAAGAUUUGAAGGCGAGGAUGUUGGAGAUUUCUAGAGAGGAAGCUGAAAGGAAGAGGAUGCUUGAUGAAAGGGCCAAUUGCAGGCACAAACAGGUGAUGUUGGAAGCUUAUGAUCAGCAGUGUGAUGAAGCAGCAAAAAUAUUUGCAGAGUAUCAUAAACGUCUUAAUCAAUAUGUAAAUCAAGCGAGGGAUGCUCAAAGGUCAAGUAUUGACUCUUCUAUUGAAGUGGUUAACAACUUCAGUGCAAACAGUGAGAAGGAAGCUGUAUAUUCAUCUGUUAAGGGAACUAAAGCUGCGGAUGAUGUCAUUCUUAUUGAAACAACAUGUGAAAGAAAUAUUUGCAAGGCGUGUGAAUCUCUUGCAGAACGCAUGAUAGAAAAAGUGUGCAAUUCUUUUCCAGCUUAUGAAGGAAAUGGGAUCCAUUUGAGUCCUCAAUCAGAAGCUACCAAAUUAGGCUUUGAUUUUGAUGGGGAUAUACCUGAUGAAGUUAGAAGUAAUAUUGUAAAUUGCCUCAAAAGUCCUCCACAAUUGCUUCAGGCAAUUACCACAUACACUUCGAGGCUUAAAACUCUGGUUUCUAGAGAAAUAGAGAAAGUUGAUGUUAGAGCUGAUGCUGAAACCUUAAGGUACAAAUAUGAGAACAACAGAGUUAUGGAUGUUUCUUCUCCUGAUGUGAGCUCACCAUUAAACUAUCAACUUUAUGGUAAUGGAAAAGUAGGAAUGGAUGUACCUUCUAGAGGAACACAAAAUCAACUUCUUGAAAGACAGAAAGCACAUGUUCAACAAUUUUUAGGUACUGAAGAAGCGCUCAAUAAAGCUGCAGAAGCUAAGGACUUGUGUCAAAAGCUUAUAAAGCGUCUAGAAGGAGAUAGUGAUGUAGUUCCUUCACACUCACUUGUUGGAGCUGCAAUGCAGAAUGUUGGCAGUCUAAGACAUUUUGAGUUGGAGGUUUUGGCCAAGGAGAGAGAAGCUGCUGGAUUAAGGGCAAGCUUAAAUACAUUAAUGUCUGAAAUACAACGGUUGAAUAAAUUGUGUGCAGAGAGAAAAGAGGCUGAAGAUUCAUUAAGAAAGAAGUGGAAGAAGAUUGAAGAGUUUGAUUCUCGUAGAUCUGAACUUGAAACCAUAUAUACUGCUCUACUGAAGGCUAAUAUGGAUGCAGCUGCAUUCUGGAAUCAACAGCCAUUAGCUGCGAGGGAGUAUGCUUCCAGCACCAUUAUUCCAGCUUGCAAUAUUGUUGCAGACAUUUCAAACAGUGCAAAAGAUUUUAUUGAUAAAGACGUUUCUGCAUUUUAUAGAAGUCCUGAUAAUACCCUCUACAUGCUUCCCUCUAGCCCACAGUCUCUUCUGGAGUCCAUGGGUGCUAAUGGAUCUACAGGACCUGAAGCUGUGGCCGCAGCAGAGAAGCAUGCUGCCUUGCUGACUGCAAGGGCUGGUGCCAGGGAUCCAUCAGCAAUUCCAUCCAUAUGCCGUGUUUCUGCUGCUCUUCAAUACCCUGCUGGUUUAGAGGGCUCUGAUGCUGGUUUAGCGUCAGUGUUAGAGUCUCUGGAUUUUUGUUUGAAGCUUCGUGGUUCUGAGGCUAGUGUCUUGGAGGAACUGGCAAAGGCAAUAAAUUUGGUCCAUAUUCGGCAGGAUCUUGUUGAAAGUGGUCAUUCAUUAUUGAACCUUGCUUACCAUGCUCAACAAGAAUAUGCAAGGACAACAAAUUAUUGUUUGAAUUUGGCUGCUGAGCAAGAGAAAAUUGUCAUCGAGAAAUGGCUACCUGAACUUAAAACUGCAGUUUUGAAUGCUCAGAAGUGCUUGGAGGACUGCAAAUAUGUGAGCGGUUUGCUUGACGAGUGGUGGGAGCAACCUGCAUCAACCGUUCUAGAAUGGGUUACAGUUGAUGGACAAAAUAUUGCUGCUUGGCAUACUCAUGUAAAGCAACUUCUUGCAUUUUAUGACAAGGAGGUUUUGUGAACUAAUUUCUUCGAAUCCAUGAUGCUAUGAAAUUGCCUACAUUUCUCCUUUGUUUGGAAACACUUUCCAUUGAGGCCCUGUGUGUAGUACAGUUUGAAGUCAAUGAAUUUCCCACAAGAAACCUCAGUGAAAAAUUCAGCUAACCGUCUCAGUGUUGUAAAAAGAUUUUUGCCAAAUUGUGAAAUGAUAUUGUAUUGUCUUAAAAACAGAAUAUUGCCUGCUUUUCAGCAAAGAUCCAGAUAGUUUGAUUUGGGUUUAUUGUCUUUUUUUUUUUAAUUAUUAUUUUAAAUAAUG